AUGCUUGUUGGAGCUUUACACAACCACGCCGUCGUCGGUGUAGCAGCACUCAUCUUUGCCUGUAUACCCCUCACCGUCGGUUAUGGGCCCGCUCUCAUAUGCAUUGGGGUGUCGCUGGCUUUCAUCGUCGUUAUAUGUCUAUCCGCGCGUUCGAUCAACCGCGCAGCAUCACAAGUCUCUGGUUUCGCUCAACCGGAUGCACGAAGCUCCUCUGGCGCCUCUUUACGUUUUGGUUCUCCGACCAUCUGCAUUCCAGAUGACGAAGAUGAGGACGAGAUAGAGAGCGAGUUUUUCAACAUCGCCAAUCUUCGACGAUCCGUUGCUGCAUGCUUUACCAACAUCAAGCCACGCCGUGCCCGAUAUCCAUCCGAGGCCUCGACGGCGUCCCUUCAAGAUACCACGAGUCCAUCGGAGUCCUCUAUUUCCGUAGACGACGGGUCAACUCGCCGGGCAUCGGACGACUCGAAACCUCUCACUGUCAGCCCGGUCUCUAACAGACCCAGAGCGAAGACAUUCCCUGCUCCUCCGAGAGACCGUGCACCGUCGUUCUCCGGGUUUGCCUUCCCUCCGCAUGAGCCAGAGUCGGGACUUGAACUAGAGCCUACUACCCCAGACGUCUUCGAACGGAAGCCCUCUAGACCCAAGCUUGCCGUCCGCAUCCCGUCCACCCUACGGUUGGGUACUCUGAAAUCAGCAACUAAACCCUCUCCAUCGCCUGUCAUCUCUAGCCCUUGUGCACGAUCUACGAGCGCGAAAGCACAUCCUUUCCGGCGGUAUCUUCGUUCAUUGCGAGGGAUGUCAGCUCGGUCAAAGCGCGAAGGCUCUACAACAAUGGACGCCUUUGAUGACCUGGAUCUUGGGCCUUUGCAACGCUCGACUUCGGUGAAGGGCGGAAGCACAAGCUCAAGUCAUGAUAUGUGUGCAGAUUUCAUGGUUCGCUGUAUUACUGUUGCGGCCACCUGA